UCACCAACGUCGCUCUCGCUCUUUUUCCCCCUCCUUUCGCGCUCUCACCCCCCUUCUCUCCCUCUCAGCCCCUCGGGUCUUCGCCUGACGACGACGCUGCUCUCUCGGGCAUUUCGGCGGAAACCGACGUCGUGUGAGGACACGUAUCCGUAGUCUCGUUCCGCGUAUACGCCGAAACCGCCGCCGCCGCCGCCGCAGCCGCCGCCGCCGCCGCCGCCGCUGCUGCCGUCACCGUCCGCCGCCGCCGCCGCCGCCGCCGCCACCGCCGCCGCCAACGCCACCGCCGCUCUUUCGUACUUCACCGAGUUCAGUUCGAGUCGCGAAGCCGAGCUAUUUGGAUUAUCGACGCGCACGCCGCUUGUUCGACUACACCAACCAACAUGAGCACCAAGGAAAAUAACGAGGUCGCCGUCGAGAAGGUGACGGAGAACGACAAGGCAUCUGCGGACGCGAAAUGCGACAUCAAGGGAAUCAAGAGGCCAGCCGAGGAGAAAAAUGAAGAAACAAAGAAACAGAAAAAAGAGGAGAACGGAGACGGAGAGGUAGAAGAAGAAGAGAUUGAGGAAGAGAUCGAAGAGGAGGAAGAAGUAGAUGGUGAUGGAGAGGAGGACGAUGAUGACGACGACAUACCAGAGGGUGAAGAAGAUUUAGAAGAAGGAGAGGAUGAGGAAGAUGACGACGCGGAAGGUGAGGUAGAAGGUGAGGUGGAAGACGAUGAGGACGACGCAUAAUGAAAAAAGGGAAAACAUUAUGCAAUUAAGAAGGGAGGCGUUAGGCACGUGAAUACAUCAUGGUCGAUUUUCGGCAAACUCAGCAAACUUACUCUCAUAUUGAGUGGUUGGUAAUAAUGUUGAUAUCCAUCGUGCCCAAUCCGUGUUAUUGGAUCCUCUCUAUCUUCCGACCUACAAGUAAAAAUUACCACCUCACCGGAAUUGUGUUGGGCUGACGUACUCUACUUUGUCCUUGGCUCCUCGCAAUUCUGGUCGUCUAGCCGUCACCAAAUGCUAUUAGGUAGUUUGAAUGAUAACUGUAUAUUCGUCCUGAGGAUUCCAUGAGUUGAUCUUACUUGCUAUCUAAAUUCUUAUUUCGAUCGAUCGAUCGUUUCAAUCGUUCGCGUGCACGAUUCCCAAGACGAAUCUAUCGUUUUAUCCGAAUUACCUACAUACUGGUAUUUGCCGUCAUUUGGCUUUUUUCGUCGUCGGGACAAUUUUUUAACGAAAACUUAUUUAAGAUAUAAAAAAAAACUAUUAUAUUUAAAUAGUGUAAAAUGAAAAGUAAUUUGAAGGUGAUGAUUUUUUUACAUUUAAAAUCAAAUUUACGUUUGUAGUUCGACGAAUGUCUCUCACCUUGUGCGUGUGAUAUAUAUUGAGUUUUUCUUCUCAAAUCGAAAUGUGUAAUUGCAGUGUCUUCACAGGAGCGCGAGGCUUAUUGAGCAGAAUUAAGCGAUUCAUACGUAACAUACGGCAAAUGAAUAAAGUAAAUAGGCAUGAAUGGACAUCUCUCGGCAUUCAAUGUAUACUAAAAUGUGAAAAUCUUGAAAAAAAAAUAGACUUAACGCCGCUUCGUGCUCCUGUUUGGUAUAGAGACAGGAAUUAAGAUAAAAUGCAACGCUCGCGUCAAGUAGUAUGGAUGAAUAAUAUGUGACUUUAAUAUUGCAUAAUAAUUAUACAUAGUAUGUAUAAAGUUAUGGGAUAAGAAACAUUUUAUUAUUAACGAUAAUAUUAUGUAAACGUAAUAUAAUGCGGAGAGGUUGUUACACUUUAGGCUUGGGCAUAGAUAAGGGAGAGCAUCGAACAGUCAACUUAUAAAGUGUAAGGGCCCCAUCACCCUUCUCUAUUCAUUUCAACCAACUAUAUCAUUUUUGUAGAAGAUAAGAGUUCAAUUAUACACAUAGAUAAAUCUAUAUAUAUAUAUUUAUAACUCCAGAACUGCCGUACAUGACGCGAAAUUAUAAAAGGAAAAAAAAGAAUCCGAACUAUAUAUUGUGACAAUUAUGUAAUAAGUACUCUCCCUAUAUUUUUUGAAUGUUCUCAUUUUGAGUGUAAUUCGAGCGUUUCAGUUACUUUUAUCUAUUACGAUUUUAUCUCGACUUUACUGUGGACUAUUUUCGUAGCAAUGAUUCUUGGACUGUUGUAGAAUGAGUUGGCGGGUUUUAUUCAUUCUUACACUCUCCUCACACGUAUAUAGUCCACGUUAUUUCGAUAUCUUAAUGACGAUAUGCACGUCACAUUUGUCGAUGGUGUCUAUAAAUUUUUAUUAAAUUAUAAUGACGUUGUUUUGCUGGUUCAACAACCGUAAUAAAAUAUCGCUCUUUGUGCAAGAGUCGUCGAAUCAUUGCGAUUGGCGUGUCCAUGCCGCUACUUAUUUUCGGGAGACUGUUAGAUAAAGGGUGAAGAGACAUUGCGGUUAUACCAUUGUACCAUAGCAGCAUAAUAAUUAAAUAAAGGUAACGAUAAUUUGAAUGCGAGAAGAUGUCCCGUUUUAAUGUACAAAUAUUUUCGAAUGAGAUAGUUAAAUAAAACGCAGUUAGAUCAGAGAAAAUGAAUUCGUUUUCGUAGUGAUGAGUUUAAUAUCUCAAAAAAAGCUAUGAGGAGACGAGCGGCACAAAGGCUGCUCUAAAAACCACACGGACUAAAAAUCCCGCUGUAUGGAAACCAGGAGAUGGAGUUGGACCGUGUAAGCGUUGAUACUUACGAAAGAAACGUCUCUUACCAUCGGACGAUUCGAUGGUGCAAAAGAAAAGGAAAUUCGAAUACUCCUCAUAACGUUGUAUGUAACGCGUCCAACAAAGCUGAUCGAUGUCGAUGUGUGGUACAGAUCAUACCAUCUCCGGCAGUCUCUGUUAAUCUACGGUUUUAUACGCAAUCUGCUGCUGUAUUUACACGUGUUUGCUUCAAGAUAGUAACUUGACGAUGGCGAAUUGGCAAAGGACUAUCUUAAAGUACAGGUGCCUGAGCAAAAUCAGUACUUUAGCGUUCAUAGUAUACUAUACUAUACAUACUAUAAGCAUAGGUCCAUUUAAUUUUAUUAAAUACAACGCCAAGCCCCGUUGGCAACACACGCAUUCUGAAUAAAAAGAAAAGAAAAGGAAAAAGACUUGCGUUUUGUACUGUGUCAAGCCCGGCAGAGUACGGUACUCUUCUUCGCGCUCGAGUACUCGAUGCGAUUCGCAAAAUUCACUUACUGGUGCUAACGGGUCUUACACUCAAUCAGGCUGAUCGCCCACACGUACCGUUACACCCCUACGUUUGUUAGGUAAGCAUAAAAAGAAGUUUUAAGACAUUAAAUCCGGCAAAUGACACGUGUGAGUGUGUCACACGAUUUUGACGUAAACGAAAAAUCCUAGGCUAAGAAUUUGGUUUGUGUGUUCAUAAGUCUUGUUCAAGCUACUUUUGUACAGGAUACCAUUUGCAUCAUCUCUCUCAACGUAUAAGCAAGUAACCGACACACCACAGACUAUAUAUUUCUGCCCAUUCCAUCAGAACUGAAACUUUCAUUGUAUUUUUAAGUAAAUACAUUUUGGAAAACAACAA